GCCGCGCGGAAUGGGCAGGGCCGAGGCCAAGGCGGCGACGGCGGCGGCCAGUGCUAGAGGCGGCGGCACAACGAGGGCCCUCAAGCCCGACCACCAUGAGCACCAAGCAGGUCACUUGCAGAUAUUUUAUGCAUGGUGUGUGUCGGGAAGGAAACCAGUGCCUGUUCUCACAUGACUUGGCGAACAGCAAGCCAUCCACCAUCUGCAAAUACUAUCAGAAGGGCUACUGCGCCUAUGGGACUCGUUGCAGAUACGAUCACACAAGGCCUUCUGCUGCAGCUGGUGGUGCCAUGGGCACCAUGCCCCACGGCGUGCCCUCCCCGGGUUUCCACAGUGCUCACCCUGCUUCCGACCUCACUGCAUCUAUUGUGAAAACGAACUUACAUGAGCCUGGGAAACGGGAAAAGAGAACACUGGUACUUAGAGACCGAAAUCUCUCUGGCAUGGCUGAAGAAAAGACUUGCCCAAGUAUGGUGAGUAAUCCAGGAGGCUGCAGUGAUCCCCAGAAUAGCCCAGAGAUGAAGCCGCAUUCCUACCUCGAUGCGAUCAGGAGUGGCCUUGAUGACCUAGAAGCCAGCAGCUCCUACAGCAGUGAGCAGCAGCUGUGUCCCUACGCGGCGGCGGGGGAGUGCCGAUUUGGGGAUGCUUGUGUCUACUUGCAUGGAGAAGUGUGUGAAAUCUGUAGGUUACGAGUCCUGCAUCCCUUCGACCCAGAGCAAAGGAAAGCUCAUGAGAAGAUCUGCAUGUCGACUUUCGAACAUGAGAUGGAAAAGGCCUUUGCCUUCCAAGCAAGUCAGGACAAAGUGUGCAGUAUCUGCAUGGAAGUGGUCCUCGAGAAGGCAUCUGCUUCUGAGAGGAGAUUUGGGAUUCUGUCCAACUGCAAUCACACAUACUGCUUGUCCUGCAUCCGGCAGUGGAGAUGCGCCAAGCAGUUUGAGAACCCAAUCAUUAAGUCUUGUCCAGAAUGCCGUGUGAUAUCAGAGUUUGUAAUUCCAAGUGUGUACUGGGUAGAAGAUCAGAAUAAAAAGAAUGAGUUGAUUGAAGCUUUCAAACAGGGAAUGGGGAAAAAAGCUUGUAAAUACUUUGAGCAAGGCAAGGGGACCUGCCCAUUUGGAAGCAAAUGCCUUUACCGCCACGCUUAUCCUGACGGGCGGCUGGCAGAGCCUGAGAAACCUCGGAAACAGCUCAGUUCUGAGGGCACCGUGAGGUUCUUUAAUUCAGUGCGGCUCUGGGAUUUCAUUGAGAAUCGAGAAAGCCGGCAUGUCCCCAGCACUGAAGAUGUCGACAUGACAGAGCUUGGGGACCUCUUCAUGCACCUGUCUGGAGUGGAGUCAUCAGAACCCUAAGUAGUAGACGGUUCCCCCUGCAUCUUGGGCUCUGCCGGCCAAGCCUUCCCCAAGCUAGGGUGUGCAGAGCUUCGUUUACUGCAACCCAAGGUGGCACGUGGCUUGGAUUUGACUGGGGUUGUACUUAACCUUGGUCUCAUCCCCUCUCCCAUUAUUACAGCCAUGGGAGGAGUGAAAGAUAUAAAAUGACCCGACAAGUAUAUGGAAUCGCUACUUUUCUAGUUGAUCUCUUGAGUUGCACCUCAGGCUCCUCAGGGGAACCAGCUAACCAGCCAGAGUUUUGAUUGAUUGCUUUUAAAAGCAGCCUGGCUCCUGUCCUUGAGCUUUAGCUCCCUAGAAACAGUCACCUUGCAACUGCCCUUAAAGCAGAUUUGUUUUCCUUGACAAAGGAUUCUUCACCCCUGUGAGAUGAUUCCUCUGUAGUGGAUUUCCCUAGUGUACUUAGUGUGUAGCCAAAAACCGUUUUUCGAAAAGCUCUGUAUAAAUCAACUUAACAGUGGGCACCGCACACCUUAGCAUAAAACUUGUAGUGCUCUUUGGUGUCCCCCGUCAGAGCAGGAGUUGCCCGUGUGUUCAGUCAACAGUGUGUAAACCUUCUUCCCUGUAAGGGCAGGGGCUCUUGGAGCAGUGGGAAGUGUAGCGCAGCAAAGCAGAGGUAUAGCCCCUCAUUUCUGAUUGGUGUUGGGGCCACAUGCUCCAGGGAAACACCUGCCUGUCACCUGUGGGAUUCCUUGGGACUCUUCUUGGGCUCAUGCCCCAAGGGUCACUUUACUAGGGGUUCAGCACACACAUGCUCUUAUGUGUGGCCCCUGCUCACCCAUUUGAUCUGUAAAGCGUGGCUUUGAUUGCCAAUUUUAUAAAAAAGUUAACGGCACCCAACAAAGUUUCUACUUCUGACCCCAGCAUUGGUCCUAAAAGAACAAGUCCUCUAUGCUAAGUUGUGACUUUAAUUGAAGGAAUAGAACAUUGUGAAUCAGAACAAACUCACCCCGAGCCUGAAUUAAUCUAUUUUUAUAAACAGCUUAUAGAGAUACCAAAUAUUUUACAAAAUGCAUUAAAGUGUGGGUAGAAAAAGGUCUACUCUUACCUGAGGUUAGAGUGGGCUUUUUGGAGAAUUUUUAUAGUUAACUCUUUAGUGAAAUGUGACAGCACAAAGGCUGAUGUAAAUUCCUUCCCAGUAGAGGCUCCGGGCCCAUUUCCUGCUGCUUGUGUUCUUGCUCCAGGAGGGAUGAGCAGAUGGGGGAGAGUUCAAGCUUCGAGCUCAGUAGAAGGAAAGAACAGCCAUUAAACCUACAUUUAAUUUAUUUUAUUAAAAUAACAUAAUUGAAGAACCAUCAGAUAACUGUAUUUUGUCAGGCGCAAUAAAAACGAAAUUAAAACCCUAAUCAUCAAGAAAACCUGUACUCCUGGCUUCCUUGCAUCCACAUGAUGUGACUGAAGAGAGAGGCUGGCCCGGUGGCCCCGCCCCACAGGGGCAACUCCUGGA